UCAGUCUACGCCGUUAUUUCUAGUCAACGCAGGCCUCUUUAGAAGUGACGUGUAAUUUGGAAUAUAAGUUUAAAAACUGAUAAUGUUUAAAAUUAAAAAUGAAAGUGCGAAUAAAUGCAUUUUUUUAAAGAAAUUGGCUUUGACGUUGUUAAUUUUACUUGUAAUAUUUUCAUUGCCUACUUUUUGCACGAGUCACAGCCACAGCAAUGAAAAUCCAAGUUUUAAGUACUCCCGUGAAGCCAAUGAGAACUUUGGAAAGAAAGGAAGUGACUAUAAUGAACAUCACAAACAUAUUCAUCAUGAUCAUAAUGGACACGGUCAACAUAUAUAUUCACAUGCUACAAAACAGCAAAAUAUGCAAAAACAGGAUAUGACUGAAAUUUGGUUGUAUUCGAUGGGGUCGACUUUAUUUAUUAGUGCUGUCCCAUUUUUGCUUCUAUUUAUUAUUCCACUGGAUAACAGUAAUGAGAUGCGACCACGUCUCAAAGUUCUAUUAGCUUUUGCAUCUGGAGGUCUGUUGGGUGACGCAUUCUUGCACUUAAUUCCACACGCUGCGAAUCCACACCAUAGUCAUGGACAUUCUCAUGACAGUUCCCAUGGUCAUUCUCAUGAUAGUAGUGAAGCCCAUGAUCAUGACCAUAGUAAAGAUACUGCAAUAGGAUUAUGGGUUUUAGCUGGUAUUAUUGCAUUUCUUACAGUAGAAAAGUUGGUACGUUUGUUGAAAGGAGAUGAGAAUUUCAGCCAUGGACAUAGUCACGGGCCUAUUAAAAAUAAAUCCAAGGAAGUAAAAAAAAAUACUGAGAAGACUAUAGAAAAAUCAAACAAAAGUAACACAAAACAAAAAGAAGAGACGGUAGAAAUAUCGGGAUAUUUAAAUCUGGCAGCAGAUUUUGCUCACAAUUUUACGGAUGGUCUUGCAAUUGGAGCUUCAUUUUUAGCUGGAAACAGUAUUGGUUUGGUAACUACAAUUACUAUUCUAUUACAUGAAGUACCCCAUGAAAUAGGUGACUUUGCUAUACUAAUAAAAUCAGGAUGUUCUCGUCGCAAAGCCAUGCUUUUACAGCUGGUGACAGCUCUUGGUGCACUAAGCGGAAAUGCAUUAGCAUUGAUAGGUGUCGGAACGGAUGCUGAUGCUGCUCCUUGGGUGUUGCCUUUUACAGCUGGAGGUUUUAUUUAUAUUGCGACUGUCAGUGUAUUACCAGAGUUAUUGGAAGAAUCAACAAAAUUAGGUCAAUCCAUAAAAGAAAUUGCAGCAUUAUUGACUGGCGUUCUUCUUAUGGUAUUCAUUGCUAAUUUUGAAUAGAUAUAAAUCUUAGAAUAAAGUAAAUAAAAAAUUGGUAACUUUACGAUCUUAA